GUCCCCAUCAAACCGCUAAAAACACCGUACACCAUCAAUCUGCGUCCAUCCUCAUCAAGUCCCCAGGAUUUUGAAAACUUUCGAACUUCAACCGCACCCACUUUCUCACCCUCGGAUUCAGUUAAUAAUAAAUAAACUCCUCGCCUCCAAUUGCCAAUAGCCCUUCGAAGUCUCCGCCCAAUUCAAAACCCUAAUCCCCAGUUCCCCAUGAGCUCCGACUCCGAUUUCGCGUCUUUCCCCUCGGUCCACGAUUCCGAUCGCCACCAGAUCGACGGCGGGAUCGACACGUCAUCCUCCUCCUCGCCGGCGGCGGUGGCCGCGGCGAUAGAAUCGAGGAGGCUGUGGAGGGACGUGUUUUGGCUCUGCGUGUUUGUGCUUCAUCUUCUCGCCAUUGGAUUUGUUCUCGGGCUUCUUGGAUUGAACCGGUUCAAGAAACCCGACCGGCUCAACAUUGAUCGGUUCACCAACAUAACGACGGUCGUCGGCGGAGACCGUUUUCUGACGGAGACGUACUGGCCGCUAUAUGGUGCUGCGGGAGGCAUUGGGGCAGCAUUGGCAGUGGCGUGGUUGAUUUUGCUGGGGAGCAGGGCGGAGCAGAUGAUGAAGGUUUCGGUUCAUAGCUUGACGACUUAUUUGGCGGUGAUCAGUGUGUUGUGCUUUUGGGGAAAGUUUUUCUUCUGGGGGGUUGCUUUUGCGGUUGGGGCCGGAUUGCAAUUUAUGUAUGUAAUGUCUGUGAUUGAUAGGAUUCCAUUCACAAUGUUAGUGUUGCAAAAAGCUGUAAAGAUGGUUUGGGAUCUUCCAGAGGUGAUGCAAGUGUCCUAUGUUUCUCUGUUGAUCAUGCUUUGCUGGAUGGUAUUGUGGUCAUUUGGAGUAGCUGGUGUUAUUGCUUUAAACAUGCAAGAUGGUGGAAGCUGGUGGCUUCUUGUGGUAUUCUCAGUGAGUUUAUUUUGGACAGGCGCAGUGGUUUGUAAUACAGUACAUGUUAUAGUAUCUGGCAUGGUUUUUCUUGUUCUUAUCCAUGGCGGUCGGAGAGCCGAAUCAAUGCCUCCAAAACCGUUGGUGAAGUCAUUGCGCUAUGCAGUGACAACUUCAUUUGGUAGCAUUUGCUAUGGAUCACUCUUUACAGCCGCCAUAAGGACAUUGCGCUGGGAGAUCAGAGGAGUUCGAUCAAAGAUUGGCAACAACGAAUGUCUACUUUGUUGUGUUGACUUUUUGUUUCACCUUGUGGAGACACUAGUUCGUUUUUUCAAUAAAUAUGCAUAUGUUCAGAUUGCAGUUAAUGGAAAAGGCUUCAAUCACUCUGCUAGAGAUGCUUGGGAGUUAUUCCAGUCAACCGGUAUAGAAGCACUUGUUGCUUAUGAUUGUUCAGGAGCAGUGCUUUUAAUGGGCGCUAUUUUGGGUGGUCUCAUAACUGGGACUUGCACCGGAGUGUGGACAUGGUUUAGAAGUAAUGAUAAAGUACUUAUGGUUGGAUGCACUUCCACAUUAAUGGGAAUGAUCUUGGUAGGGCUAGCACUCGUGGUUGUUGAAAGUGCGGUGACAUCAAUAUACAUAUGUUAUGCAGAGGAUCCUUCCUUGAUUCAGAGAUGGGAUGACCAAUUUUUCUAUCAAAUGUCGGAGUCACUUCAUCAACGGCUGCAGUACAGGAGCGCACGUGCCAGGCACGUGAUGGUAAAUAGCAGAUUUGAUCAGAUGUCAUCAGAAAUUAUACAAACACCACCUAUUUGAACUCAAGAUAAACUAGUGUAAAAGAGGGAAAAACACAUCUAAUUGUAACUCCUAUUCUAAUCAAUUCAAUACAACUUCAAUACAACCUCUCCUUUUUCUCAAAAACUUAAAUAAUUAGUUCGAUGUUACCUUGAAUUUUGUUUAUAACUCUAAUAACUCUAUUUAUGGAAUUCUCGCUUUUCAAAAAUCUUAGCUCUCCCUUUCACUUGUUAAGUUUAUCCUCGGAGAUCUCAUGGAUGAUGAAAUCAGCAAUACUAUCGGCUUAAUCCUCGUCUUCAUCAGUGAAGUACUUCUUAUAAUACUGCUCUACGUCAUGGACUAUUUUGAUUGUCGAUGCAAUAGAAAGAAGUUGGAAAAGGUAUCGGUGAGUAACAUUGAUUCAUGCAUUGUUGGUGUUGAUGGUGAACACAGUUUGAUUUGUUCGAGUGAGUUCGAUUUGAAGGAAGAUGUUCAGAUGUUACCACUGUGGAAGCAUAUUUUCAAUCGGAGAUGCGUUGAUGAAUGGCUAAUCAAGAACUGGUUGUGCCCGCUUUGUCAAGACAUGAAGAUUGUCCCUUGAAUACAAACUCUAUUGGAACAUGAACCAUAAAUUAAAGAACAUGUACAGCCUAUUUACUAGGCACGUUGAAAGUUCACGUAGAAAAUAAA